CCAAAGGCGUAGCAAAACCCUUGGGCCUUCUCAUUAGCCAUUGGUGACAUAAACCCUAAUUCACUUGUCAACUUCCCCUCUACAAAACUCCAAAAUUUACACAACCCAGAUAUCAGAAUCACAAAAAUGAUGAAGAGAGAUGACUAUAAAUUUCUUAGACUAGCUGAUGCCAUGACUGCUUUAAAUCAAAGAGUUAACCUUAUCGGCAUCAUUGUCGAGUAUGGUGCUCCUACACGAAGCAAAGGCACAGAUUGGUUUUGUUCAUUGAGAAUUGUGGAUGAUUCUCAUAAUAUCCGUGGACUUUUAGUUAAUAUCUUUACUGAAACUCAAGAGAAGCUUCCUCAGGUUGAAGCAUCUGGUGAUAUUAUCCAGCUAUCCCAAGUUGUGAUGAAAACUCAUAAUAUGGAAACCUACGCCCUUUUCAACAAAAGGUUCUCUUCAUUUGCCCUCUAUGAAGGGAAAUAUGGAGAAUUCUAUAUCCCUUAUCAAGUUUCUUCCAAGUUUCAGUCGAGAAACCAAGACAUGAAGUUUGUAUUUGGUUUACGAAAGUGGGUAGAUGGUUUCCAGCUUGAUACUGUAGCAAAGGAAUCUGUGUUGUUGAGACAAAUCAAGGAAGGACAACAUCAUGACUUGGUUUGUAAGAUUCUGCAUUUGCUUCAAGUUUGUCGAGAUGAGUGGAUGCUGUUUGUUUGGGAUGGAACUGAUGCUCCGCCGCUUCAACUUCAAUCUGAGUUAGAGACUGAAAUGGAAAGUCCACUUCCACUGCAAUUGGAAACUCAGCCUUUGGCCAGGGAUAUCUUGUGUAGAUUUCCUACUAUAGGCACAAUAUUGAGAGUAUCUGUUAGCCAAAGAAAUGUCAAACUUAAUAUACCUUCAUUGGCUGCUGGUAGAUGGGUAAAAUUUAUCAACCUAUUGUUUGAAGUAAAUAAAGGAUUGUGGCAUGGUGUCAUUACUUCAUCAACUAAAGUUCGUUUCGUUCCAAAUGAAGACCUCAUUAUAUUAGAGCGCCAAAGAGAUUUUGAGAAGCGGUUAACUUCCAAGUUGGACCGGAUGCCAUUCUCAAGCUUUCCUUGGCCUUAUCGCAUUACAGAAGUUGAUGAUGAAGCUGAGAAGGUACCCCUUGUCACACUAAUGGACAUUAUGACAUAUUCACAGGUUACGGCGAAGUUCAAGUGUAUAGUUCGAGUUGUUGCAGCGCUUCCAUGGGCAGUUGAGGACUUCCGCUCUCCAAAUGGGACCUACCGGAUCAGGCUUACCUUGGAGGAUCCUACUACAAGAAUUCAUGCUUAUUUGUAUGCUGAUGAUGGGGAAGUGUUUUUUGAAGGAAAUCCCCCUAUAAAUGCAUUGAUUCGGAAGUGGAAUACAUUGCUUGGAGUUGCUGAAAUUGAAAGUGGUGGUGUAAUAGAGAAUGCUCCAAGAAAUCCUCCAUGGAUCUUGUGCUGUAUCAAAUCAUAUUAUGUUGACAAAAAUGAUGUCUGGGGAAGUAGGAAGUAUCGGAUUUUCGGUACCAAGCUCGUGUGCUGAACAAAGGUGGCCCACUUGGGCGAUACUGUUUUUGGUUCCGCCGGUUCUGCCGGUUCUGCUCUGGCUUAUCUCAAUCGAAGCUUACAUUUUCUACAGCAUGUCUCUCCAUAAGCUUGAAAUGUCCGGUACUGAUGCUUGUACAUAGUGUAUGUAAAAUAGGUAGGUAGGUAGUUUUUUUUAUAGCAAAAAUGAGAGGAGGUUUGAAUGGGUUUUUCUGAAGUCGAAAACUGCCAAGGGAAGGUUCAUUUUGUAUCAUUGUCGACAGUUCACUGUAUAUUAUCAUAUCUUGAUAGACUAGUUAUCUUAAUUCAAGUAGGGAAAUUUUGUUGAUAAAUAAUACCUAGAUGUCUGAAAUUAUAUAAAUAUUAAGGUUGACUAAUUUUUUUGAAA